AUGGCUUCCAUAGAGCUCUCUACCCUCGUAUCCAUAGCAGCCAUUCUCGUCUCUUCCUUUAUCCUCGCUCUUCUCUCUAUUAAGCUCCUUUCUACUAGCAAACUGCAAGGCAAAAUUAAGAAGAAGUACCAUCCAGUUGGUAGCACCGUUUUCCACCAAUUAUUCCAUUUCAACAAGCUGCAUCAUUUCAUGACUGAUCGUGCUUCAAAGUACAAGACUUAUAGGUUGCUUAGCCCUUUCAGAAAUGAAAUCUACACUUCAGACCCUGCAAAUGUUGAGCACAUGCUCAAAAUAAACUUUGACAACUAUGGCAAGGUCAUAAUACCCUUAUCCCACCUUUGCAAAGAUACAUUUAACAGUCAUCUCAGAGAGGGGAGGUCUCUAUAUGCACUAGUGUUCCAACCUGAUUCACAAAAACUUCUUUUUCCAUACUCUGCUGGUUCAGUUCUACCAUCAUUUUCGCAUCGAAAGCUCUUAUUUUUCCAUUUCUAUUCAUUGGUUCUUUUUUACUAUCUGGUGUACAAGGAUGGGAGGUGUGCAGAAACAGAUGACAUUCUUCCCGAUGGCUUUAAGCUGAAAAAGGGAGACGGGGUGUACUACCUGGCCUAUGCAAUGGGCAGAAUGCCUUACAUUUGGGGAGAUGAUGCCGAGGAUUUCAGACCAGAAAGAUGGCUCAACAACGGGAUUUUCCAACCCGAAUCACCCUUCAAAUUUACUGCAUUCCAUGGAGGUCCUAGGAUCUGCUUGGGGAAGGACUUCGCUUAUCGCCAAAUGAAGAUUGUAUCAAUGGCACUUCUUAGAUUCUUCCGGUUCAAGUUAGCCGAUGAAACGAAAAAAGUCACUUAUAGAACCAUGUUUACACUGCAUAUUAAGGGAGGUCUUCAUCUCUGUGCAUUCCCAAGAGCAGGUUUCAAUAAUACCGAAUUGUAACAAGUUUAUAGCUGUUUUCUUGGAUUCAUUGUGGUGAUUUGUCCUAACUCUCUAAAGGAAGAAUCACUUUGGCAAUUCAAUCGCUUGGCAUUUUGUGCCAA